AUGGAUAAUAAAGAGCAGCAGUUUGUUUUAGGGAUGGAACUCAGCCUGAAAACCGACAACCAGCCAUUUGAGAUGCUCAAAGACCUGGUGCUGAGAUGGUUUCUGCAGACACAGGCUCCUCUUGUAUUACAAAAUGGAAGCUUACCAGAAUGGUUCCAUGGAUUCAUUACAAGGAAACAAACUGAAGAGCUGCUGAAAGAUAGAAGCUUUGGCUGUUUUCUCAUCCGAUUAAAUGAGAGAUCAUUUGGCUACAUCCUCUCCUACAGGGCGAAAGAUCGAUGCCGACAUUUUGUUAUCAGUUGUCAGCGGAAUGGACAUUACAUCAUAUCAGGAGACACCCUUGCCCACCAAAGCCUUGCUGAGCUCAUAAGCUAUUACCAGACUUCCAAAAUCGAGCCUUUUGGAGAAAAUCUUACUUCAGCUUGUUCAAAGGUGAAAUAAGAGGAAAAAAGCAUAUACGAUGAAAUCUCUUUGGAUCAGCAACAAAGAGCUUCAAAACAGGCAGCAGCCACUCCAUUGCUGACCAGGCAAGAGUCUGGCAGCUCAUCAACCACCAGGCUGGCAAAGGAGAACAGCAGUCAUCAGCCUGUGGAACCACGGAAAAAGCUUCAAGAACAGAAGAAGUCUUUAUCAAAGGAGAAGCAAAAUCUGAGCCUAGAGGACCCUGACGCAGCCCCACCAAUACCAGACAGGAACAACUUGCUAAUAGCGAAGUCCUUGGAGGAAGAUUUUGGUAGUGAAGCAAACGUUUAUUCAGCAGUGAAGAAACACCAUUUAAACAACAGAAGCCUGGAGAUGCCAAAAGACACAUGCGGAGUGUUCAUGGAGAACCCACAGAAGUCUGAAGAACUGGGCCAAGCUUAUGCCUCUUCCUACAGAAAAAAAAUAAAUACCAUGUUUGCACUAGCUAAGCAAUCUGAUAGAUUAUACAGCAAAAAAGUCACAGAAAACCCUCAUCCAGAAACAAUUUAUUCGGAAAUUGGCUUAGACCAAGGCAAGAGCUGUUUCUCUGAGCCCCAGAUUGGUCAAUCCUCUCUUACUCCACCAAAGAAAGCAACGCUAAGUUCUCCUACUUCAACUUCUCCAAAGCUGUCUCCUAAGUUACCUAAUAAACCUACAACCUCCACAGAACUCCAGGCGUUGCAACCUCCAUUUGCAAUGCAUGCAACCUCUUUUGUUCUUAACAACGAGCAUCGAGAACCAAACCAUCCCAAGAUUUUGCCUGAUUCACCAAGGGAAACCAUGUAUGGGCAGAUCAAUAGGAUGAAAUUCCAUAAAUCCACAGUGCCUGUCUGUGAUGAUGAUGCAAAUGAUACUUAUGAACAGAUUCCUUUUAGAUGGUCAAAGGGCAUCACCCAUGACCAUGAUUCAGGAAAGCUUCCCAAGUCUUCACCAAUAAAGCCCCAAGAGACUUAUGAUCAAAUCUCUACAAAGACUGGACGGUCCUCCAAAAUGCAGGUCUAUACUAAAAAUCUGUACAAAAAGCCCCCUGAUAAUUUCUCCAAAGGCUUAACAUCAAUAAGGAAUGUCUCCACUCUGAAGAACACCUAUGAACAAGUUCCCUUUGCCCCUGGGAAAGAAACAGAGGGCAAGCCAAACCAAAAGGUGAGGUAA